CUUAUCUUGCAUUGCCAUCGUAAGCGCUCACCACGACUUCGUUUUCAACUGCCAUCAUCAAGUCAUACAUAUUUUACGUUCUUGACUUAGGACUACUAUUAGUGGUCUGGAGUCCAUGCUGGCAUGCGAUUCAUCAUGAUACCUUCACCAUUGUCGCUUUUCACAACAUGGUUCGUGCUUCAAGCCGCUGCCGCCCCGGCGGCAGGCUCACAGGUCCUGACUCCUCAAGAUUUCAAGCAGACAAUCGCAGAUGGUGUUUGGUUCAUCGAACAUUUUUCCCCAUAUUGUCGGCAUUGUCGUAACUUUGAACCAACAUGGAACCGUGUAGUAGACAAAUUUGAGAAACAACCUGAUCUAGGGAUACAUCUGGCGCAGGUGAAUUGCGCGUUGAAUGGAGACUUGUGCACCGAGAAUGGUGUUACAGGAUACCCUCAAAUGAACCUCUACAGGAACGGGCAGUUUGUAGAGACCUUCACUAAAGAUCGCGACUUCGAUAUCCUUGUAGACUUCCUUCUUCCGCAUGCUGAACCUACCGCAAAUUCCUUGUCAUCCUCAACUGCGGUUGAGCAGGAGGAAAUGGCGGCCGAGAUCGUUCCUGUAAACGAGAAUUCGGUAGUUCAGGUAUCACAAGCGGAAUCCAACCCUUUAGGAGAGGUGAUAUCCUUAACUAGUGAGACAUUCGACAACUUUGUGGCCCAGGCGCCUACAUUCGUCAAGUUCUUUGCGCCGUGGUGCGGACACUGCAAGAAACUUGCUCCCGUGUGGAUACAGGUUGCUCGUCGAAUGCAGCACAAGCUCAAUAUUGCGCAAGUCAAUUGUGAUGAGUUUAAGUCGCUAUGCACGAAGCAAGGGGUCACAGGUUAUCCUAUGCUGUUCUACUACUCUCAUGGCGCAAAGACAGAAUACUCAGGAAGUAGAAAAUAUGAGCCACUCGUGGCUUUCGCUGACAAGGCAGCAUCUCCGACCAUGCAACCAAUAAGUGCUCACGAUCUUGACAAAGUUGUUCAUGAACAUCCUGUUGCGUAUGUCCUCCUACUUUCUUCAUCAGAUGAACAUGUUGUUAGUGAGGUCGCUAAGGACUCUCAAUUGCUCCUCGGGUCGCCCCCGGUAUUUGUAUCAUCCUCCAAGGAACUCUUUACUCGCUACGAGAUCCCAACGACAGAAUCCUGGGCCAUCCUGGCAUUCAAAGAUAAUGACCCAAAGGAACCCACCUCAAUUUUUAACUCGUCCAUUCCUGACACACUUAGUACUUGGCUCUUUGCCAACCGCCUUCCAACUUCCCUCGAGCUCUCACGUGAUGUGUUUCAACAGGUAAUGAAUGCUCCACACAACCCACUCGUUGUGAUCGCUGCAACGCCUAACGACGUCCAAAAUGAUGUAUCAUUGAAGUUGAACGAUAUCGCAAAGAAGUGGCGCCUGCGCAAGAGCUAUGUUGGCAGACAAGACGUUGUAUUCACGUGGAUGGAUGCUGAUCAAUGGGGAAGUUGGAUGAAGAGUAUGUACGGUGUGAAGGUUAAUGACCAGCCGAAGGUGGUGGUUGCUGAUCAUAAUCGCCUGGUCUACUGGGAUAGGGAUACUACUGGGCAGCCCAUUCAGCUAAACGCAGUCAGCAUAUUCUCUGCUAUUGAAGGAGUUUACAGCAACAAGAUACGUUCCAAGCACUCAGAGAAUAUCCUGGAGCGCCUUCUUCGGGUCUUCAACUCAAGUCUCACAAACACCGAGGGUUUCAUUAUCGCGCAUCCAUACAUGGCCGUCCUGCUGAUUCUUGGAUUUUUAGCGGCGGUCGUUAUGGCGAUCAAAAAACUUUUGGAUGACGAUACAGAUCUGCAGCCUGGACAUAGGUACAUCAAGGGAGGGAGUCGGCGUGAUUGUCGGUAGGCCAGAUCGCAAGGCCAGAAAUCGAAGCACCAAAACACCCUAGUUUUGGGUUAUCCCUUCGUCAUCCCAUAAUACCUCUCGAGUAACACCUGAUUCGUAAUGCACAACGCACUUCAGAUCUUCAGAGCUCACAACUCUACAUAAAUUUCAUUCGGAACAGCUGGAGAACAAGUAUUAGCAUAUACUCAGUAAGCCUACCGAAUCACAAUUUAAAAUCGACACUGGAGCCUUCCCGAGAUGAAACAUUGUGCAAGUGUACAGUGCACAACAGAUAGAAUAGUCUGACCUGGACUUAGAUAUUAACAAAGAAGUUUCAUGUUCAGUCUCGGAUGGUGAAGGUUGGAUUGUCAGCCUACCAGAGCAUUUCCUGAAAUCCCGGAUGCAUGCCCUACCAAAGUUA